AUGCGAGGCUCUAUUGGCCACGCUCUGGUCGGGCUUAGCAUCUCGGGCCUUGGCCUGACAGCUGCCGUGCAGCGCGAUGUCGAGAUCGUUCGGUUCCAUGAUCUUGGCACUGUGACUGCCGACUCCCUGCAUAAUAUCCAUGUUGAAUUUGUCGACGAGUCUUUUGAAGGACAUCUGAAGCUAGUAUAUGGAGAGUGUGGGAUGGAAAGUCCCGCACAUGGCCACCACGAUAUUGGUAGCAUGUUGAUCAAGCGGGAGGCAAAGCCCGAGCGAUUUGUCUGGAUCACCCCUGGAGAUGCCCCUCAUGCGUACUGUCUUCAUGCUUUCUCUGGAUCGACCCUACUCGGUCGUUCUUCACCGAUCAGCGUCGCUGCACCCAUCGCCAAGCGCGAGAGUAUCGCUGAUGUGGCCGAUGCAAUGGGCCCCUGGUUCGACGGUGUCGCCUACAUGAAGUCCAAGAAGAAUACUAAGACUUUUGUCUCAAAGGCAAAGAACACCUCGGUCGCCAUUCUCGGCGGAGGCAUGUCUGGCCUCAUGACGAGCCACCUGCUCGAGUCAGUUGGCAUCCACAACUGGCACAUCUUCGAGUCAUCAGAGCGAGUUGGUGGGCGUAUUCGCACCAAGUAUCUUAACAACACGCGCCCAGAUCAAUACCAAUAUCAGGAAAUGGGACCCAUGCGCUUUCCCGUCAGCAUCACUUACGCAGACACCAACGAGACUCUCGAGAUCAUGGAUCACCGUAUGGUCUUCCAGUUGGCUGGCGUGCUCAACGAGAUGAAUGCCGAUAGACCAGAUCUCCAAGUCAAUUUCAUCCCCUGGGUACAAUCGAGUCCCAACGUCCCCGCUUCAACGGGCGGCAACCGCCUACCAAACGGCCUUAUUCCAACAGCAGCAGAAGUCGCUGCGAACUCCUCGCUUGUGUAUACCGCCGCAUCAUCCAAUGACACGGCCAUGGCUGAGGCCGAGGCCGCGUAUGCGAACUAUACUACACUAGAUGACCGAGCCACCAUCCGGGCAAUUGCAACUAAUAUGUACAAGGCCCACAAAAAGGCCGUGGAAGAUGGCAUGUUCCACUGGUCUGAAGCCGGAUAUCUGCGCUAUGCUCUGGGUUACAACGCAAACAUCACCGAUUACGUUGCUGGCACCACCGACUCCCCCAUCUGGGGCGACUUUUACGACGACGUCUACUUUUCUGCAACCAAAUGGCGUACCAUCGACAAAGGUCUUGAAUCCCUCCCUCGUGCUUUCUACCCCCACGUCGCAGACAAGGUUACUUUCAACCGCACCAUCCAGGGUCUCAUUUACAAUGAAACAACCGAGAAGAUCUCCGUCGCAUGGAGAGAUGACCCGCUUGCCAUGACCCCCGAGACUGCGGAGUUCGAUUAUGCAGUCGUUGCAGCACCAUUCAGCAAGGUCCGACUUUGGGAUCUACCUCGAUACUCUUCGCUGUUAAGUCGUGCCAUCUCUUCGCUCAACUAUGACCCCGCGUGUAAGAUGGCCCUGCUGUACAAGACGCGAUUUUGGGAGCAUAUGGAGAACCCCAUCUUUGGUGGCUGCGGCUCCGUCGAUGUAUCCGGCGUGGGCAGCGUUUGCUAUCCAUCAUACAACAUGAAUGGCACAGGGCCAGGUGUCAUUCUCGCUUCGUACAUCUCCGGCACAGCAGCACGCUCCGCGGCAGCUCUAAAUCCCGAGGAGCACGUCGCGCUUAUCCAGCGCACCAUGGUGGAAGUGCAUGGUGAUAUCGCCGCUGAGCAGUUCACUGGUAUCUACGAUCGACAGUGCUGGGAGUUUGACCGUCACCAGGCCGGUGCCUGGGCAGAUCCACUGGUCGGCCAGCAGGAGUUGUAUCUGCCAGCAUACUAUCAGACUGAGUUUAAGACGAUUUUCAUCGGUGAGCAUACUAGUUACACGCAUGCUUGGAUCUUUUCGGCCCUUGACUCUGCUGUCCGAGGAACCACUCAGCUACUGUUGGAUCUGGGCCUUGUUGAUGAGGCCAAGUCUAUCGUCGAGACUUGGAUGGGUAGGUGGAUCAAGUUGUAA